UGCUGAUGGCGGCGCUGCUGUGCGUCGCUGAGCUGGUGAUGGAGGCCAGGCUCAUUGGCAACGGUUUCCUGCCGCCAGACCUGGUGUGGCGCACCGAGCUGGACGCCUUCCUCGACCUCACCACGCGCGUGCUGCCGCUCAAGUUCAGCUCCCCGGCGCAGAACGUGACGGUGGUGGCGACGGCACCGCCGCCGGCGCUCGUGCUGGACCCCGUCAGCGGCUACCUGCGCCGACAGGCGCCGCUGCCGGUCGGCCCCGAGUUCCUCCACCUGGCCGCCGCCCUGCUGGUGCUGUCGGUGCGGUACGCGGCCGUCUUCUGGGACUGCCAGCGCGUGCUGGCGGCCGCCUUCUCGGCGCAGCUGCUGCUGAACGGCGCGCACUUGCUGCUCUCGUUCUGCGGCUUCUCGGUGCUGUACAAGAUCCACGUGUACGGUGGUGCUGCGCUGCUGAGGCUGCCCGACCCGUUCCUGCUGAACGCGCCGCUCACAGCGCUCCUCUACGGCAUCGCGAGCUUGCUGGUGCUGCUCUCCGGGACCACCGUCUUCCUGUACGGCUUCCAGAAGCUGGCCGCCUUCGUGGCCACGCACCGCCGGCAGCUGCCGGAGAUGGCCGAGGCGCGCUGCCGCCUUUGGGGCUACUUCGCCCACAGCGCGGCGCUCUGCCUGCUCCUUGCCGUCGGCGUGGCAGACGGCCCGCUGCUCUACGACCUGAGUGCCGUCUACCGCGGCAGCCUGGAUCCGGCCAGCUUGGCGGCCGUCAUCGGCGCCAUCGUGCACCAUUUCCUCUGGGUGGUGCUGUGGCUGGUGCUGACGCUGCGCAGCCGGUGGCAGUUCCGCCUGCGCGUCGUCGCCGGCACGGUGGCCGUGCCGGACGCGCCGCACCUGCAGCUCGUGCACCGGGUGGAGCUGGCGGCGCCUUCGUCGUCGGCGACACGAUGGCGCAGAACCUGA